AUGUCUGCAACAGUGUCUAGCUCCGAGCCGUUCUCCACCGAGGGGUACUUUCACACUCAGAGACCUCCAGCAGGUCUGGAGGAGAAGAGCGAGAAAAUGCAUGCCUUUGUUGAACAGUGGAAAGCUGUAAAAGGGAAGAAGGUGGUUUUGGUGACAGUGAGUUCACCAGCAUUCUCAAUCUUGCUGAUAGUCAUCAGAGCGGUGGAACUACAGUACCGCUGGAGUCGAACACCAGGUACAAGAGGAGCGACUUCCGCCGAGUAUUUCUUAUCCCAAGGAUACGCUGUGAUAUUCCUACACAGGCUGCAUUCACUUCGACCAUUCUCAAGACACUACUCACAUUCCCUCAACCCAUUUCUCGAUUUGCUUUCCAUCGUCCCAUCGUCGUCCUCCUCUUCGUCAUCCAUAGUGGUAUCACCCGAACACACCCAAACUCUCUUACCAAUACUCAAAGCAUACCAUGAAUCACAGUCCUCGGGAACAUUACUUAGUGUAGAAUUUCAAACGGUGAACGACUAUCUAUGGUUGUUGAAAGCGGUAACAGCUUCAAUGGCCAGUCUAGGUAGAAGGGGAAUGUAUUAUCUUGCAGCUGCAGUAUCGGAUUUCUUUUUACCCGAAGAAAAAGUGGCCGAACACAAAAUACAAUCAAACAAGGGAACGUUGAGCUUGGAAAUGGAUCAAGUGCCUAAAGUUAUGAGACCUCUGGUACAAGAAUGGACACCAGAAGGUUAUAUAGUCAGCUUCAAGCUUGAAACGGAUACGGCUCUUCUGAUUCCCAAAUCCAGAGCGGCACUCUCGCGAUAUGGACAUCAGUUGGUCAUUGGAAAUGAGCUUCAUCGACGUAAACACGAAGUGGUCUUUGUAGAACGAGCCACACCGUCUUCCAAAGGAACGGGCGAUGAUCAAAUAAAAGGGUCUGUAACUCCUCCUAUUGUCGCAGGGAGCGACUUGGGCGUUGUCGGAUUUCCGAGAAAAGAGGAAUACAAGGAAACUUGGCUGAGAUUGGAUGAUCUGAAAAAUGAUGGUCAUGCUGGCGGAAAAGGCAGAGAUGGUGAAGUCGAGAUUGAAGAAAUGAUUGUAAAAGAAUUGUUGAAUAGACAUCAAUACUGGAUGGACGCGAAAGCAACUAGGGAGUAG